CAGCAUUCUGUUAUACUCUACUUAGCUCUGUUCUUUUCAUUCCCAGUAAUUCAUUGGAUUCACACGCCCAGCAGAUUCCAAAAAUUAUUUUGCUACACUACCGCUGCCAUCGUCUUUCACUGCAUAACCUCCACACAAUCAACCAGCCUGCUUCAUUAAGCAAUCUAUAUAUUUACAGAUUUGCUAAAGUAUACACGCAAAAAUGCAGACGCCGAGUCUCCUGCUAGUGCUUACCUUCCUUGCGAUACUUCUGGGAGUUGCUACAUCUCAACCGGCAUCUGAUCAGAACAGGAACAGUGCACCGCUGAUCAUCACCCCACAUCAGGCAGCGGCAGUGGCCCACCCGGGUCCUCUGCAGCAGCUCCUGCAGCCGCAAUGUGCAAAGAUCGACGAACCUCAUGUCGAGCCUGAGAAUUCUCCCGCCACCACCCCUUCAGUUUCUCUUCGCUCUAACCCCAUCUCGCCCCUUUCUGCUCUACACACUCAGGCUAAGGACCUCCACUGUUGUGGUUGCUGCAAUGGAUGCGGUGGCUGUGGUGGUUGUUGUAAUGGGUGCGGUGGAUGCGGCGGCUGUGGUGGAUGCGGUGGCGGUUGCGGCGGCUGUGGUGGAUGUGGUUGCGGUGGUUGCGGUGGUUGCGGAUGCGGUGGCUGUGGCGGCUGCGGUGGUUGCGGAUGCGGCGGCUGUGGUGGAUGCGGUGGAUGCGGUGGUUGUGGCGGUUGCGGUCAGUGUGGUGGAUGCGGUGGUUGUGGCGGUUGCGGUCAGUGUGGUGGAUGCGGUGGAUGCGGUGGUUGUGGUGGAUGCUGCCGCGGUUGCGGCUGUGGUGGAUGCGGUGGCUAUGGAGGCUAUGGCGGUUGUGGUCAGUGUGGUGGUUGCGGAGGUUGCGGCGGCUGCGGUCAGUGUGGUGGGUGUGGUGGAUGUGGUGGAUGUGGUGGAUAUGGUGGCUAUGGCGGUUGUGGUGGCUGUGGCGGGUGUGGGUGCUGCCGUGGUGGGUGCGGUGGAUGCGGUGGAUGCGGCGGGUGCGGAUGCGGCGGAUGUGGUGGCUGCGGCGGGAUGCGGGUGGGUUGCGGAUGCGGUGGAUGUGGUGGCUGCGGUGGCUGCUGCCGUGGCUAAUAAGAUACGCCCUACUUGCGACCAGCUAGUUCCAGAAAUACGGACAGUGUUGCUACCACCAACUCUCAUUUUUAUCAUUAGAGGCAAUACUUCGAAAUCCGGCUAUUUUCUACAAACCGAUUUUGUCAUCUCCUUAUCAUCGGUACUUGUGUCGAUGGCAGGGAUCAUUAUCACCAAGCCUCGCUCACUUCACUUCAAUCUUUUCUUAUAUCACGCAUAGUUCAUUAAUAUUUUGUGAAUCUAUUAUAAUAUUAGCGCUAUCCAAAU